AUGAGCCAGCCGUGGCUCGAAGACCUCUCUGAGGAAUGGAUCGCGCAGCCCACACCGGUCGCAGCAAGCGAUGCGCAAGAUGCGCCGUCUACACAAACAUCACAAAGCGUGCCCUUAAAGCCACAGAGUCGCCUUCCCCGCAUGCGACAAUCGUCCGGUUCUUUCUCCGAAGUUCACGUCCGACAUGGUUCCAAUGACCUUCGAAUGCCGAAACGAAGGAGCGCGCUGGUCGAGCGAAGCCUCAGCGACAACAACAUCCCGUCCGCCGACGCGUCCCAAAUCACCUCGCUUCGCGGCGCAUCGAAUUCCUUCUCGGCCGUCUCGCUCGAUUCAAUAGCAUGCGAGGGGACAGUAGCACAGAAGCCGAUUCUGAAGGCGUCAUCAAACGACAAAUCUACCUACGAUACCCCAGAAUGGAGGCGGAGGCUGUUGCAGGGUGAGAUUGGAUACGGCGACCAGAAGGACCUUUUCAGUCCUAUGGGCCUCGAGAACAUUUUUCAGAGACCGAACGGGACGGCGUCAGAGGAGAAGAUGCCCAAACGAAGGGGUGGUAUGCUCAAAGGUCUCAGUGCCAUGCCUUCAAGUCCACCGCCGUGGCCUGCGCGGGAUGAGGAUUCUGUGCAGGAAUGCUCAGUUGUCCAGCAUAUUGACGCAAGUCAAGACAUUACGUCCGAAGAGCCCACACAAGAUCGCUCUGAUUCUAUCGUCGAAGGCUCCGCUUUGAAGGGUACUGAAGUAUCGGCGAACUCGCUCCAAUUCGAGCAAGGACAGCCUCGCACCGUAAGCGGCCAGAUUGAAUACGACAACGAGAAUUUCAGUCCAGUCUAUUUGACCCAAAAUUUCGGAGUUGGCGCUCAACGGGAUCCCAUGCCCAACUUCAGAGGAUCGGAGCUCGCUAAUCGGUUACGGCACCUUGGUUCACCUCACGAGCAGCAGGAAUUAUCAGUACAGGAAGAGGAGUUCGUCAGUCAAAGCCAUGCGGAUUCAUCAUUUGUGCGUCUUCAGGAUGAUUCGCUCCCUGAGGGUUUACCGGCUGGCACGCCCAGCACAGUGGACGUGGCAGACGUAGGGCGCUUUGUCGAGAUGAAACGGGGUGGUUACUCAAGAGACGGCUCGUUCCGCAGACGCCCCUUGAGCCCUUCUCCCGAGAGACUCAAGAAACAAAGCGGCCUGCGCACCGAAAGCAUACCAACGGUGAAUGUAAGCGCGAAUGCGACGCCUGAGCGCCCAUCGGACGAGGCUGUCGCUGAAGAAGAAUCUGUAUCACCAAAAACGCCAAAACGCCAUGCUCAAUCCAACAACUUGAGUCCAGAACGGACGAAAGGUUCUGGGAGUCCUUUGAAACUCUUCGACGCUCACGACACUUUCACAAGCAAUCGUUUACAAAGGCGGUUGAGUCAAUUGGAGUACAAACCUGACAAGAUUGACGGGUCUGUCUCUAGUAGUGUGCACAUGAACAAGACUGAGGUUACCAAGAUCCACAAGGAGGUGCGCUUGACGUCAGUCGAAGAAGCGAGCAUACUGAAGGAUGGCACAAGCCCGGCUUAUCCACAACGACGACGGGUCAGUACGUUCGGAGAAGGUGAUCUGAACAAGUAUGAGUUCUCUGGUGAUUUCUCGUUCGUGUCCUCGCACAAUGACGAAGACAGUGCACCCGAUGAGUCUCCUUCUAUGGAUGUGGCACCACCGGGCAGUCGACCACCUCUCACUUUCAACUACGAUGCCUCUCCUAUCUCACGAGAGCCAUCUAGAGCCAGGAGGCAAGCAAUGGCCCGAGCAUCGAGCCACUACCGGGUACCAAGUCUCGCAAUCCCUAAGAUUGUUCGCCAAGCGUCUGGCUCUUCCGAACAGGAGAUUUUGGCAUCAUCCCACGAUUAUGCCGAGGGCAAGCGGGGGCCUACAUCGCCGUUCAAGCAUCCUACCCCUAAACGCCGAAGAACGAUUCAAAGGGAUGACGAGGAAUUCUUACCGGACGUUGACCUUCAGUCUGUGCACGAGACUCGUGCACAAACGCCAUCACAUAGUGGACGGAAACGCAAAGAUGCUCGUCACGAAACUUCAAACAAUACCGCAGAUCCAGAAAUCUUAGCGCGUCGACACAUACUGAGACCACGAAAUCCUACCCCUAGUCAAAGGCGGUUAGACGAGCUUCAUGCCGAUAUCAUAGAAGCGACAGAAGCUUUCAUACACUCAUCGCCUAAGAUGCAUGCAAUACGAGAACAGAUAGAACCUGUGUACGAAGAGGAUUCACUAGCAGAGGAAGAUCGCGCAGCGAUUGUUGCCGAGGAAGUGGCCGCAUUCAGCCUCGAAAGGCAACAAGUAAUGCGGGACGACACCCGGAAGCGCUCCGUCACAACUCAAGACUUUCUAGCGGAAGCUGUCAAGAUCAUGGAUUUCAUACGAGCGAAAGGGAAGCCAGCUAACGGAUUGGGCAGCCUUGAAGAGUCUGAAUCCGAAAACCCAGCGGCCUUCGAGAAGCCGGACUACCCAUCAAGCUCGUUCACUUUCGAUAGACCUCCUAGCCGGGAAGGUCGUGAAUCUGCCUGGAAAGACCCCAAUAAAGCCGAGCUCGAUCCCCAGAAGAUGAGCCAUCUUCGCAAAUAUCAAGAGAAAGAUUCUGAUGAGUUCGUGGGCUCUUCUUUCCGUUCUUUCAGACUCUCGCGUAUAAGAGGCGUGUCAGCACAGGAAGAUAAUAGUAUCAUCGUUGAACAAGACGGCAUUCGCAUUAUUGAUAACCCCAACAGGGACAUAGAGCCGGUCUCUGAUAGCAAUCAGGGUCACUCUCAAGGAAGGACGAAUGGUUCGCAUCCGUCCAUGAUGUCGUCGAUGGGAAACACAGUUGCUACGAGCACUUCGCGUAAAUCCGACCACGUGAAUACAUUAGCACCUGCAGCCGUGGCACACUUAAUUCCGCAAGAGGUCGCAGGCAUGAGUUUCGACCCAGAGAAGAACAUAUGGGUGCGCCAGAAAAGUCCUUCUAGGGAGUACCGCAUCGAGGAGGAACACAGUGGGGCCAACGAGAGCGAAGAGGAUCCCUUCGGUAACAUCCCCGAUCUCACCGUCGAUGAGACUGCAGAGCGGAUGGUAGACAAGCCCUCCCCAACACGACCACAAGCUACAGCAGAGACCCUCCUCGAAGACACGGAAGACACGCCGCAGGCAUUCGACGAGAAGGCACGACCAGUCACCCGCGAUGGUGCGGGCACUGUCAUGACUGACAGCAGCUCGGUUCCUUCCAAGGUUUCUAACUUUGCUUGGAGUUUUCCUAAGACCGAAACACGGGCGACUUCGUACAGUGAUCAGGAAACGGUGAAAGGCGGUACGCAGAAGAUCCACCAGCUGCCCCCGAUGACCUACACAAUCCCAGAGUCCGACGAAGAUGAUAUUGAACACGAGAUCAAAUACUUCGAGGGUCGCCAGGCGGCACAAUCGACCGUGCGGGAUGCGCGAGUUCGUAACGUUACCAUUUCGAUCGCGGAGGAUAUGCGUGAACAUGAAGAGCAGGCUGCAAAUCCGCAGAAAAAGACUUCUCGACAAUGGAGCGCUACGAAACACCGGCGGUACUCUUCCCCACAAAAGUCUUUUUGGCACCACAAAGGAGCACAUUCCCUGCCUCAUCGACCCGUUCGAAACGCUGCAUUUGAAGAAACGGACGAACUCCCCGUCCUAGAUGAGCGGCCACCGAAGAAUUACCGCAUGCAGCUCUCGAUGAGCGUGUCGGCCCCAGUGCUAAGCAAGUCAGAUGCACUUAUGCCUGCGCCAUCAUCGCCAAUGAAAGGAGACGUAACCUUCAUGCUCAGCGACCUGCCCGAGUUCACCCUGAACCAGGUCGAUGAGUGCGAAGUGCCGGACAGGGUAGUGAUCAAGCAUGAUGGCUACAAGUUUUCCAAAGCGCUCGAAGACCGAUACGCACUCGGUACUGCAGAUUUAGUUAAAGCACUGCAAGAUGUAGAGCCUAACGAGCCUUACUGGGAGGAUCUUCGGGAGGUUGACCUGCACGGGAAGGACCUUGAGAACCUCCACCGCCUGGACGACUUCUGCUACCGACUUGAAGAGCUGAAUGUAUCCGACAAUAAGAUCCACCAAGUAAAGGGUAUCCCAUAUACUAUGCGAAGGCUCUGGGCGCAGAACAACUCUCUUACGGGGCUGACGUCCUGGGCGGAUCUUUCGAACCUGCAGCAUCUGGACAUCUCAGGCAACGAUAUUGAUAGUCUAGACGGCCUCGGUGAUCUGGUCCAUCUCCGAACCUUAAAGAUUGAUGACAACAAGAUCCUAUCGCUUCAAGGCAUCGGCUAUCUGGAUGGCCUUAUGGAGCUGAGUGCAGCGAGAAACGAGAUCGAAUUCGUAGACUUUGCGCAAGUAGAUCUUAAAUCUCUGACAGACCUCAACCUGCGCGGAAAUCAGCUCAUUGAAGUCCGGAAUGUGCACCGCUUGCCUCAGCUGCAGCAUCUUGAUUUAGACGACAACUGUAUCGAAGAGUUCCCGAUUUCCGAUGUGACAUCUGACCGCUGCAAAGCACUACGUUCUCUUCGCGUCUGUGGGAACGGUAUGACCUCGCUUGACUUGAACAGCUACUUCCCGAGACUGGAGUCGCUCUACGCUGAUCGCAACGCGCUCACGAACGUGGAUGGUCUCGAAGAUCUACGUCACUUGCGAACCUUCUCUGCGCGCGACCAAACGCCACGGACCGGUACGAAUGCGGAAACUUGCGUUAGUAAUUUCCUUAGGAACCCGGACGUUCGCAACCUUUACAUAUCGCUCAAUGUCACUCGCGGCAUUGAGCUUUCGCAACAUUUGCUCAAUCUCCAGCGGCUAGAACUAGCUUCCAUGGGCUUGAAGGAACUACCAGGCGACUUUGGACAGCUGACGCCAAACAUCCGGUCUAUCAACCUCAACUUCAACUCCAUACAGGACCUUCGACCGCUAUUGAACAUCAAAAGGCUGAGCGAACUUCUAAUAGCUGGCAACAAACUCGGGCGUCUGCGAACGAAUGCGAUGGUGCUGGGAAAGCUGACAACCUUGACCACGUUGGACUGGCGGGACAACCCUCUCACCGUUCGCUUCUAUGCCCCAGCCUCCGAGAAUCGCAUCAUGUCAUUGCGACGGAAGCCCUCCGAUGAACAGAUAACAGACCGGUUCGUCCUUCCACCUGGCGACAUAGACGAAGAUCAACGGUACCUUUCGCGACUCGACUACGAGACGCGGAUCAGACGGAGAGUAACGGAGAUGAUGCUUGCGAACUUCUGCAGGAACUUGCGCGAGCUUGACGGGCUUCCCUUCGACAAGGCUCGCGUCCUGGUGAAAGACGAUAUCUGGGAGCGGCUGCUUUGCAUUGGUGUUAUCCAGCGGAAGCAGCCGGAUACCACUGAUGAAAUUACCGACUAA